UUAAAAAGGGCUGCAUUAUUAAUGAUCAUUAUAACUAACAUUUAUUGAGCACUUACUAGGAGCUAGGUAUGAUUGCUUUUAUCUUCCCCCUAAUCUUCAGGACAACCCAAUGAGGUUUGCUGAGAAGCACAACUUUGCAAAACCUAAUGACCGCCGUGCUCUCCACCUGAUGACCAAAUGUGCCCAGACUGUGAUGGAAGAACUAGAGGAUAUUGUGAUUGCAUAUGGACAGAGUGAUGAGUACAGCUUUGUGUUCAAGCGGAAAACCAAUUGGUUUAAAAGAAGAGCCAGUAAGUUCAUGACUCAUGUGGCCUCCCAGUUCGCCUCCAGCUAUGUGUUUUAUUGGCGGGAUUACUUUGAGGACCAGCCCCUUCUGUAUCCCCCAGGCUUUGAUGGAAGAGUCGUGGUGUAUCCCAGCAACCAGACCUUAAAGGACUACCUCAGCUGGCGACAAGCAGAUUGUCACAUCAAUAAUCUUUAUAAUACAGUUUUCUGGGCACUUAUACAACAAUCUGGACUAACACCAGUACAAGCCCAAGGGAGAUUACAGGGAACUCUUGCAGCAGACAAGAAUGAGAUUUUGUUUUCUGAAUUCAACAUCAACUAUAAUAAUGAGCCGCUGAUGUAUAGGAAAGGGACUGUGUUGAUAUGGCAGAAGGUGGAUGAAGUGAUGACAAAAGAAAUUAAGCUGCCAACAGAAAUGGAAGGAAAAAAGAUGGCAGUAACCCGGACCAGGACAAAGCCAGUGCCCUUGCACUGCGAUAUCAUUGGGGAUGCUUUCUGGAAGGAACAUCCAGAUAUUCUAGAUGAAGACAGCUGACCCUUUGCGCUUCAGUUCUGGUGUGCUUAACCAUGCAAGCCCUCCCACCUCCCAGGGCUCCUCGCCUUAGGUGGCUGUAUCCCUACCACCCAGAACACUGGUGUGAAUUACACGGCUCGAGUUGGGAGGGGAACAGGGAAGGAAGGGAUGGAUGGGGGUGGUGUAUCUUGUUCUGUUUAAGGAGAACACCUUGUUUGCAGUGUUGGAACAUGGUUCCUUUGCCAGAAGUGCUUUUUUUUUUAAUCGCAGUACUAUUUUUAUAAAGCAAGAACUAUUUCAUGCCUUGGAGAAUGAAUCAUUUUUAGAUUGUGACAUAAAUCUUGUAAAAACCUGUCAGUUCUUUUCACCUAUGAGAGAAGAGGAGCCCAAACUCUCGCCCACCUGUUCUUAACCAGAAAACCCACUGACUGAAAAUCUCACCUCUGCCACCCAUCUACUUGCAUUCAUCUUUAGCAGGCCUCAAGAUAAAUAUGGGUUAAUGCCUGCA